AUGCGGAGAGUCUUUGCGCUUGGGGAGAACCCAGUCACAACAGUUCUGGCGAUGGCUUCUAUAGGGUCUGGUAGACUCUGUGCUCGGGUGCAGGAAAAACUGUGUCAGUGGGGACAGUAUACGAGGAGAGAAGCGUAUUCGUGUGUACGGACAAAAAUCGGAUCCCAAACCGCCCCCAGAGUGCCUCAGGAGCGACAGAAUGAAAAACAUUCACAAAGUUUGGCAGCGACAGCAGCGAGUACGGUCUCCGCAGGAUGCUGGCAUCCUUGCAGCAGGCCGGAAAUUGCAGGGACAGCUCGAAGCUUUAGCACGAUGAGAACUCAACAGCCCGGCUCCCUUCCCGAAUAUCAGAUAGAUCCGUACCACCUCUUAGAAGACGACCUCAAGGAUGUUUACAUUUACAUCCGAGACGCUUUACGCAGGGGUACCUACCAAGAUGACCUUUAUGAGAUAGCCACGUAUUAUUUCGACGGACAUGGGAAAGCUAUAAGGCCUAUGGUGGCCAUCUUGAUGGCUAGGGCGAUAAAUUAUCACAUAUAUAAAGAAAAAAGUGGUCUUCUGUCGUCGCAAAGGGAGGUAGCGAUGAUUUCCGAAAUGAUCCACACAGCUUCCCUUGUCCACGAUGACGUCAUCGACCAAUCAGACUUCCGCCGUGGUAAGCCCAGCGUCAACGUGAUGUGGAAUCACAAAAAGGUAACCAUGGCGGGAGACUUCAUUUUAGCAGUCGCUUCAAUUAUGAUCGCUAGGUUAAGGAACAAUGACGUCACUCUAGUUCUUAGUCAAGUUGUCACCGACUUAGUUCAGGGAGAGUUCAUGCAACUCGGAUCUAAAGAAACCGAAAACGAAAGAUUUGCUCAUUAUUUAACGAAAACAUACAGGAAAACUGCUUCUUUGAUAGCUAAUUCUGUAAAAUCUGUUACAAUGUUAGCGGGAGCUGAUGAACAACUAGCCGACGUUUCGUACCAAUAUGGACGUAAUUUAGGUUUAGCUUUCCAAUUAGUUGACGAUCUUCUGGAUUUCGUUUCAAGUUCAGCGGCUAUGGGUAAACCCACUGCCGCGGAUUUGAAAUUAGGUUUAGCUACAGCGCCUGUUUUGUUUGCAUGUGAAAAGUAUCCUGAAUUGAACCCAAUGAUUAUGAGGCGGUUUCAAGAGCCAGGAGAUGUGGAAAGAGCUUUUGAUCUGGUUCACAAAUCUCGAGGACUAGAACAGACUCAAUAUUUGGCCAAGCAGCACUGUCAAGAAGCUGUCAGACUUGCUAACCUCUUGGAGGAAAGUCCAUACCAAAAAGGAUUAAUAGUUGCGGCAGAUUAUGUGCUGAACCGCAUGAAAUAGCACAGGACGUCGAUUCUGGCGUCGAGUAGAUAUUCUAGUUAUGAAAUUGACAAUAGAUGACACUAGUUAUGUGGUAUGAUUAUAAUGUUGUAUAUUUUUAUAUUUGUAAUGGUCACGACACAGUCCUUUAUUUAUAAACAUCGGCAUUCUUGGACCAGUGUUUUGUUAAAUACUUUGAUAUUAUUCUUUUUUAUUAGUUAGUUUUAGUGAAUGUGUGUGUGUUUUAAGCGAUUUCUUGUAAAGUAACUGUAUGUACCAAAUAUUGAAUGCUGAUGAAAGUCACUAUUGUUAUUCAGUCAUAUUUAGGAUAAGAGUGUUUGACAAUGGUAUAACGCUUACUGGUAGGAUUUUUAUUUAUUCAGCAUAACUACACCUGAUUUAUUUGUUUUCGUACUUUUAGAAAAUUCAGAAAUAGAUCAGUGUGGUGUGUGCACUGUUACAAUUAAACAAGAUCAGUGACAAAUAGUAACAACAGUAGGUGCGCUCAAUAGAUUUGAUUAUGUUAAAUGUGUAUAUAGUUUUAAAAGUAUUAAAAAUAUUUAUAAUAAAAUAUUUUAGAAAAUAGUUAAUCUUUUCUUUUGUUGUUGAUGAAUCUGAUGUAUAUAAGAUUGAUGUUUUUUAAUAGAUGUAGAAUUGAUUAAUAAUUAUCUGCAACUUUUUCACGAAAAGUGUAUGUAAAUAAUUUUGUUACAAAUAUUAUGUAAAAUAUAUGUAUAUUUUGAUUUAUUUACAUGUAAAAAGGUAUUAAUAAAGUGAACAUCUGGUGGGUUUAA